AUGGCCCUGUACACGACGCAACAAGAGCUGGAAGCCCUUAUCGCCGAUUAUCGUCGCGAUCUCGAGCGAAGGGAAUCGCCGCAUCGAGGCUCUCUUAAAAGCCGCCCAUCUCUCGUACAGCAAAAACCUGGUCUCCCUUCGCAUGUUUGCCGUCUCUGGGGAAGUUUAAUCACUCAAUCGUCCUCGCUCUGGACAUGUAUAGCCCUUGGUGACCACAACGAAGAUGAGGAAACUGUUUUCGCCUACCUCCAGACCGUCAUCCAACGAGCUGGCUCACGCCGACUUUCACUUUCAAUCAAUUCCGACAGCAAUUUCCUAGUCGCGUACGAGCUCCUCAAAACUGUUCUGAAAGUCGCAGGGAGAGCCGAAUGGUGCUCAAUGUGCUACGAAUCGGACAAGAUCGACGGAUUUCUUCGACGGCAGUCUCGACGUCGGGCAUGUCAGGAACCUGUCCCUUAUAUGCACCGCGCGAGAUGCAGGGAUUUUCGAGUUGGACUUGCCAGGCGGAGUGAUCGACAUGCGGCCCUUUGUGCAACUGCGUUCAUUGACCCUCGACUUUCUUCAGGAAGUCCGCACCACAAAUAUGUGUUGGCUCCAUGGAAUCAGCUCACGAAUCUGAAUCUUGGGGCUGACAUGGACUCCCUUCGCUAUUUGUCCAUCCUCCAGCGGAUUUACAGCAAGGCGGUGGAACGCGACCAAAUCCUUCUUCCUAACCUGAAGCAACUCCAACUAACAGCAUACGAGGCUCCCGCACUCAUUCCGUGGAACCUCCAAUGUCCAGCGCUCCGUGACGCCACCUUCAAUUACGACCGCAAUUACGACGAAGACGAAUGCAGCCAACUGAUCUCGUUCAUUGGAAGUCGUGGCAGCACGCUGCAGAAGUUGCGAGUUCCUGGACUCGUGACUGACUCCUUCGACGAAAUUCAAGACGAUUUGAAGGCCUUAGAGGAGCUCACCAUCUUCGGUCCAUUUGGAUGGCCAGACAGCAUCGAAUACACGGGAGCAAAAUGCUACAGUUCCGGUGUUCGCGCCUUUUUCCGGAGUCUCGUCGAUCAUCCGACAGCUCUUCCUCGGUUGAAGAUCCUUCGCAUCCUCGACCAACGCCUCGAAGAAAAGGUUAUCGUGGAGAGCUAUGUCGUUCGAUUCAUUGAUUCCCGUAUGGCCGCUAAAGAUCAAGUAUCACCCCUCCAGCAGGUUGUUGUUGAACUGGACUUGGAUUGCAGUCACGAGCAGAUGGAAAGACGGAAAAAAUGCAGGGAAUGGCAUGCACAGGGCAUUCGAGUGGACUUCAUGUAG